AUGACCUCCGCCGAGGCUAAGAAGGCUAACAUUCCCCUGACCCCUGUGGUCAAUUUCAUUACUGGAAAUUCCAAUAAGCUCCGCGAAGUGAGGGGAAUUCUGGAAUCGUCAAUCCAGGUCCAGAGCCACGAGCUUGACAUUGAGGAAAUUCAAGGAUCCAUCGAGGAAAUCGCCAUCGCAAAAUGCAAGAAGGCUGCCGAUCUCCUGAAUAGUCCAGUCCUUGUCGAAGAUACUGCAUUGUGCUUCAAUGCCCUGAAUGGACUCCCGGGGCCUUAUAUUAAGUGGUUCCUCCGCGACCUGGGAAACGAGGGUCUUAGUAAACUCCUGGCCGGAUUUCCUGACAAGAGCGCUGAGGCGUAUCACCUCGAGGCCCUCAAAAUUUCGGUGGGCUUCAAUAAUAAUAUUGCCUCACUGCCACGGGAUAUUAACGUGACUCCGUCCACAGGCUGGGAUCCUUGCUUUGAGCACAAAGGCCAAACCUAUGCCGAGAUGAGGCCCGAAGAAAAGAACAAGAUAUCCCACAGAGCAUUGGCAUUAGGGAAGCUCCAGGAAUGGUUUGUUGAACACCAACCCUGA